UCCGGGGUCCUGCUCGCAAGCUCGCGAGCUCCUCCUUCACCUCCAUAUAGACACCUCGAGAUCUCCUCCACAAUUCCUCCGAUUUCUUUUCAACACCGCUCGAAUCCCUAAUCCAUCGCUUGAUUGUUCUGGAUCUGAAGCUUUUCUUCUCUAAUCUUCAUGGGUUCAAGCUUCGGAAACCCUAGGUUUGCGAUGGCUUCAAUCGCUCUUGUUCUUAUAGUCCUUCUCUUUGGACCAGUCUUGGUUUCAGCUCAGAAAUUGAGUAUCGAAGAUAGCACCGAAAACUCGUCAGAAGAGUCGGUGAGAUCCUUGGAUCGGAAAAACAGAAUGUUUCUGCAUGCCAUCCAGAAAAGUGCUUCUGGUGGUGAGGAUAUUGGGUUUCCCAUCGAGGGAUCUGAAUUAGGGCUCUUUGAUGCCUUCUUUGCUAGUUUGUCCAUGAUCAUUGUUAGUGAGAUUGGAGAUGAGACAUUUAUAAUUGCUGCUCUUAUGGCUAUGCGCCAUCCCAAGUCAAUUGUCCUCUCAGGAGCCCUUUCUGCUCUUAUCAUAAUGACAGUAUUGUCAACUGGACUUGGAAGGAUUGUGCCUAACUUGAUUUCGAGAAAGCACACUAACAGUGCUGCUACAGUACUAUAUGCAUUCUUUGGGUUACGGUUGCUCUACAUUGCUUGGAGGUCUGAUUCAAAGGCAUCCCAAAAGAAGGAAAUGGAAGAGGUAGAAGAAAAACUGGAGGCAGGCCAAGGGAAAACAACAUUUCGACGUGUAUUUUCAAGAUUUUGCACACCAAUUUUCUUGGAGUCAUUUAUAUUGACUUUUCUAGCAGAAUGGGGUGAUCGUAGCCAGAUAGCAACAAUUGCGCUAGCAACACACAAGAAUGCCGUAGGAGUGGCUGUGGGGGCAACACUAGGACACACAAUAUGCACGUCAAUAGCUGUUGUCGGGGGAAGCAUGUUAGCAUCCAAAAUCUCACAGGGCACUGUCGCAACCAUCGGGGGCCUGCUGUUUCUUGGAUUUUCUGUGUCAUCAUACUUCUAUCCUCCCUUGUAAUUGUAUCUCCUGAUCUAUUUGUUUUCCACUCCUUGGUUCUUGUUCUUCCCAUUUUUGUUAUUCUCUUUUGUUGCAGCAGUUAUUCAUCCUCAUUUUAUGAUAAGAGAUUAAAUCAAGUCAAAUCUGUAUGUUAGGCUAAAUUUUACUGUAAAAUGUACUAAAGUCAGGCUCAAGGAAACAAAAUUGUUUCAGAAGA